CGCGUCGAAAUGAUUGGCAUACUGACAGAGCUUUUGGACCCGAUCCUUCUGACUGGUCUCUUCAUCGGCAUAAUUUACUUCUAUUUUACGUCGACUUUCAAUUAUUGGGAAUCGAAGGGAGUACCGUAUAAAAAACCUACGAUAUUCCUUGGUAACUUUGGAGACCUUUUGCUGUUCAAGAAAUCGCAAUGCGAGGGAAUUCAGGAUAUGUACAACUGGUUCAGGGGCGAACGAUUCUUCGGCGUCUUUCGCGUCAGGAUGCCGGCCAUCUUCCUCAGGGACCCGGACCUGAUCAAAUGCGUAUUCGUAAAGGACUUUGCGAUAUUUACGAACCGGGGUAUUCCGGUGAACAAUUCGCAGGAUCCGCUCAACGGGCACCUCUUCAACCUCGAGGGCAAAAAAUGGAAGAGUCUACGGUCGAAGCUGACGCCGACAUUUUCCUCCGGUAAAAUUAAGAGGAUGUUUUACUUACUGGCCGAAUGCUCGAUGGAAUUUGAAAGGCUGAUCCGUCGCUCCGUCAACCGUAACGAGCCUCUUGAAGUGCGUGCGUUGGCUGCCAAGUUUACCAUUGACGUGAUCGGGUCCUGCGCUUUUGGCAUACAAAUAAACGCCCUGGCGGACGAAAGCUCGACGUUCAGAAGUAUGGCCGAAAAGCUAUCCAAGCCCAGCUACAAGACUGCGCUUUGGAGGAUGCUUCGUACCUCGGUCCCCGGCUUGUUUAAAAUUCUUCGGGUCCAGGUGAUCGACCCCACAGUCACUAAAUUCUUCAAGAAUGUUGUAUCCGACAUGAUCAAGGAGCGCGAGGCGCAGGGCAUAAACAGACACGACUUCAUGGAUCUGCUCGUCGAACUCAAGCACAAGGGGAUCCUGGACGUUGAGCAUUCGAACGGCAGGACGCAGCCUCUCACCGAGGAGGAAAUUCAAGCUGCAAAGGAAAUAGAAUUGGACGAAAAUGUUAUCGCGGCCCAAGCCUUUGUCUUCUUUGCGGCAGGAUACGAAACCGCUUCCGCGACGAUAUCCUUCUGCCUUCACGAGCUGGCGCUAAAUCCUGAUAUUCAGUGGAAGACCAGGCAGGAGAUAAUAAAUAGUCUCGAAGAAUACGACGGGAAUUUAUCAUUCGAGUGUGUUUCUAAAAUGAAAUAUCUCGAUAAAGUCGUACUCGAAACUUUGAGGAAACAUCCUCCCGCUCCGUUGUUGUCGCGGAGAUGCGAAGGACCUUAUCGAGUUCCAGGAACGGACGUCGUGCUUCCUAGUGGUACCCGGGUGAUCAUCCCUAUCUACGCUCUCCACCAUGACCCGGAACAUUACCCAAACCCGGAAGAGUUCGACCCGGAACGUUUCUCCGACGAAACGAAGCAGAGCCGUCAUCCCUACACGUUCCUGCCCUUCGGGGAAGGACCUCGAAACUGCAUAGGAAUGCGGUUUGCGCUGCUUCAGACCAAAGUGGGGAUAAUUUCUUUGCUGAAGAGCCACUCGGUCAAGCUUUGCGAGAAAUCCGCUGUCCCCAUGACAUAUAGCCGGCGAAGCCUCGUCACAGCCAGUGAAAAAGGAAUUUGGCUUGAGUUUGUUCCAGAGGAAUCAUCAUCGAGUAACUUAGCUUGCUGAUCCACCGCGAAGCCUGUCAAACAAGCUGACUAAUUUACCUUCGCUUGCAACCUUCGCGAAUUAUGUUUACUUUCAACGUCUCGCUCGGACAUAUGCACGUACCGUGAUAUACGUAUAUGUAUAUUCGCGUAUGUUGUGUGUCGGCAAAUGUACACGCACGUAAAAUUACAAUACGAAACUUAAGUAACCAUUAAAUAUCCUGCAGUUUUAGUGCAAACUGUAAAGGAUACUAAGAAAUUACAUAAUUUCGGUGAAAGAUACUUAAGCGAUACGUGUUACUUACGUGUCUUAACCGUGCAUUCGUAUUAAUAUUCAUAUUAUACCGUUUUAUGUAUUUGUAUAAUUUAUUCCCGAGGCGAUGACUCAACUUCGUCUUCCUUUUUUAUAAAAGUUCUUACAGAUUUAUAAAUACUAUGAUAUAUAUUUUUGCAUAAAAUUACGAUUAUUUUCUAAACACUGAAUUUACGAAUCGAUGGAACUUUCAAUGGCUGUAUUUCGUGCAUGUCAUCAAUUAAUUUUAUUCUGUUUACCUUCUUAACUGCGCGUAGUGUGUAAAUAACUCUGUUACUAUUUAUCAUUACUAUUAUACUGUAAUCGAGUAAUAAAGUUUCACUCGAAUGAA